GGGCGAGGGUGGGGGCUGUGGGUACCUAGAGCGAGGGUACAGCGCGCUGUCCCGUCUUUGAAGGUGCACCCCCGCCUCCGCUUCCCCCUAGGAGUACCCUCGGCUCACUUCUCAGCUUGCUCGGUGUCGCCCCGCCCUUCCUUCCUCCAGUGAGGCCAGGCGGGGCCGCCCAGCUCGGAGCCACGUCCUGUAGCAUCCAGGGCCCUCCCUGUACCGAGGACACCGAUGGCCGCCGUGGGGCCGCGGACGGGGCCCGGCGCGGGGGCCGAGGCGCUGGCUCUGGCGGCAGAGCUGCAGGGCGAGGCGACCUGCUCUAUCUGCCUAGAGCUUUUCCGGGAGCCGGUGUCGGUGGAGUGCGGCCACAGCUUCUGCCGAGCCUGCAUCGCGCGCUGCUGGGAGCAUCCCGGGGCGGGGACUACCCGCGCGCUGCCCUGCCCGCUGCCCUGCCCGCAGUGCCGGGAGCCCGCGCGCCCCAGCCAGCUGCGGCCUAACCGGCAGCUGGCCGCCGUGGCCACGCUGCUUCGGCGCUUCAGCCUGCCCGGGGAGCGCGGGACCUCGGCCGCCACCGCCCCCGGCGCCGCCGCCCGCUGCGCGCAGCACGGAGAGCAGCUCAAGCUCUACUGCCAAGACGACGGGCGCGCCAUUUGCGUGGUGUGCGACCGCGCCCGCGAGCACCGAGCCCACGCGGUGCUGCCGCUGGAGGAGGCAGUGCAGGAGGCCAAGGAGCUGCUGGAGUCUAGGCUGAAGGCCUUGAAGAAGGAACUGGAAGACUAUGAGGUGUUCCGAUCUACCGAAGAGAGGGAGAGCAAAGAACUCCUGAAGCAGAUGGCAGCAGAGAAAGAGAAGGUGGGGGCAGAGUUCCAGGCACUGCGGGCCUUCCUGGUGGAGCAGGAGAGCCGGCUCCUGGGCCGUCUGGAGCUGCUGUCCUGGGAAGUGACACAGAAGCAGAAUGAGAACCUGGCCCGGUUGGGGAGUGAGAUUACUCAGCUGUCCAAACUCAGCAGUCAGAUCCAGGAGACAACUCAGAAGCCAGACCUUGACUUCCUCCAGGAAUUCAAAAACACACUAAGCAAGAGUAGCAGUGUGCCGGGUUCCAAGCCGACCACAGUCUCAUCUGAGAUGAAAAAUAAAGUGUGGAAUGUUUCCCUCAAGACUUUUGUCUUGAAAGGGCUGCUGAAGAAGUUCAAAGAGGAUCUUCAGGAAGAGCUGGAGAAAGAGGAAAAAGUGGAGCUCACUUUGGACCCCAACACGGCCAACCCCCGCCUCAUCCUGUCCCUGGACCUGAAGAGCGUGCGCCUUGGACAGCGGGCCCAGGACUUGCCCAGCCACCCCUGCCGCUUCGACACCAACACCCGGGUGCUGGCGUCCUGCGGCUUCUCCUCCGGGCGGCACCACUGGGAGGUGGAGGUGGGCUCCAAGGACGGCUGGGCCUUCGGGGUGGCCCGAGAGAGCGUGCGUCGCAAGGGCCUCAUCCCCUUUACCCCCGAGGAGGGCGUCUGGGCCCUGCAGCUCAACAGCGGCCAGUACUGGGCGGUGACCAGCCCUGAGCGGACGCCCCUCAGCUGUGGACACCUGUCCCGGGUGCGGGUGGCGCUGGACCUGGAGGUGGGGGCCGUGUCCUUCUACGCGGUGGAGGACAUGCGGCACCUCUACACCUUCCGUGUCAACUUCCAGGAGCGUGUGUUUCCUCUUUUCUCUGUUUGCUCCACUGGCACCUACUUACGAAUCUGGCCUUGAGAGACUCUGCACAGCGUUUUAGGAGGGGAUGGAUGAGCAGCGGGGAAACUCCUCUUCUUGGGACAGAGCCACCUACUGAGCCUUGGACCAGCCCUCCACACUCCUGCCCCAGGCUGCUGGGAACCCUGGAGGUACUGAAGACUGAGGAAACAGGCCCUGUGGGUGGGAGAUGCCUUGGAUUCUUGGCAUCCCUUCCCUCCUUGUUAUACUCUUGUGGAUUUGUCCUGAACAGAGAAGAGAUGGCCCUCCAUCAUACAAACGCCGAACUCUUAACAGGGGUGCUUCGAACCACAUGGGUUACCACCCUAUAUAAAAGGGUUUUUGGUUCUAAACUCUGGUCCUGCUGCACCGGGUCAGGAUUGGCCCUGGAUCAACCAGGUUCCUAUCACUUUGCCUUCUUGACAGCUCCUGGCUCUGCCUUGAUGGGGUCAAGAGACCUCUGGAUCCAGUUAGUCUGACUGGGUUGUUUAAUGAAGGAGGAGCUCUGUAGUCUGGCUCAGAAGACUGCCUGACUAGAUCUGGAAACCCUUGACUCAUACAAGAGGGAAAAGGCCGGGACAGCAGUGCACAUGUUGCUAUUCCCCCGGCACUCCUUUGCCUGAUGGUACACACUGAUAUGUGCAUCCUUGACCAGUGACACCCGACAUGUGUUCUCACAGGUACCUAGGCUUCCAGCAUCAGUGGGUAAAAAGAUCAACGGUUCCGGAAUUGUGAAACACAGGUCAACACAUAAUUUUACAGAUGCAGCUAGCAGUGCCACAGGCCUGACAAACCCUUUCUGGAACUUGCCAAAUGUAUGCUAACUGCAGAGCAUCCUGAUGUCAAGGCCUGCUUAGCCUCUGCCCUGGAGGGGUUCAGUAGGCAGGCUCCUUGUCUUCUUAGUUGACUGACUGUCUACCAAGCUGGAAGGGCAGUAGUGGGCUGUUCCCUGCUUAGUGCUCCCCUGGGAGCAGGAGGGGAACUGGAAAUACAGGUUGUGAGUACAUCUCUA